AUGGAAUCCCCUGCUAAUCCAGAGAUGAUCCACGUUGUCAGCAAAGCCGACAACCGCCAACACGCCGUGGUGAAUAUUCCUCCGUCAGUCGACCAAAACCUGCCUGUCUCGUCGCUCCGCGCGCGACCGAUCCUUCUGGGGUUAAGUUCCAAUAAUCUUAGUUACGCCCGCGGAGGAGAUCUACUGCAUUGGUGGAAGACGUAUCCGGUUCCACCCACAGUGCCGUCCCCAUACAACGAUCAGUCCUCCUGGGGCAUCGUCCCGGCGUGGGGAUACGCCACCGUCACCGAGAGCAGUGUCCCUGGAAUCCCGCCCGAUUCCUUUAUCUGGGGAUACUGGCCUACCUCGACGUCGCCUACUCUCCUGCGCUUGGAACCUAGCGAUCCUGAAGGUCACUGGGUGGAGGUUAGCAGCCAUCGACAACAGCUGAUGCCUAUAUACAAUCGCUAUGAACAGGUUCUCCCUGGCGAAGAAAACGAGCUGGAUAAGAGGGCGUGGGGUGCCCUCUUCCGAGGAGUCUGGGUCGCCGGAUACCUACUGAGUAAGUACGUGUUUUCCCCUGACCCGCGAGCACGAGAACCAGUUCACCCGCUUGGCGCGGCGAGCAGACUGCCCUGGUCCGCGGACGAUGCGGAUCUCUCGUCUGCUGUUGUGGUGGUUUUGGGUGCGUCUACCAAGGUCGCGCGCUCGUUUUCGUGGUGUCUAUUUGAUCGGCCCAGGGAAAGUGGACCCCUGGGUUUGGUACAGGUUACUUCGUCCCCUGGUGUUUUGCAGGAGGUAGCAAAUAGCAAAGGCUGGGGUGGUGUGUCCAGGACAUUGGCAUAUGGAGAAAUCGACCAGGCAACCGCGUGGAUUGAGGGUCUGCAGCCGUCAAAGCUGGUGAUUGUAGAUUGCGGCGCGCGGGACCACGUUCUUAGUCAGAUAUGCCAGAAUCUUCAAGGGUCCGCGCUCCGGUCAUGCAAAAUUGUCAUUCUGCAGGUGGGCAGUCAACAAAAGGUUGGUCUCUCUGAUUUUCAUCUGAGGAUUCCCGUUGACUCUAUUCAGGUGUACACGAUAGAGGAGGCCCAGGCAGCUCGUGCAGCUAUGCAAUCACUGGGGAAGAUCCAGUACAACACCUCUGGCAUCCAGGACACAAUCAUCAACCGGGAGGGGGCUGGAACAUAUUUCGGAAAAGUCUCGCGCAGGUGGAAGGAAUGGUUAGCAGACCGUGCCUCUGCCAUCCCAGACAUGCAGUUGGUCUGGGGACAGGGCAUUGCUGGAGAAAAUGGAAUCUACAGAGGAUGGGAAAAACUUUCCAAUGGUGCAGUGCGCCCUGAAGAAGGAUUGGUUUAUACCCUGUAG